GCAACUUACUGAUUGAUUCUGUGUUUGAGGAUUUGUAAGCGAUUAGUUGCAUGCAAAGUAUUCAGUUUCAAACUGGCUCCAGCUUGAACGCUCCGCCUGCUCUCGUCGAGGAUAUUGACUUUCCCGCAAGUUUAAGUAUUUAAAUGUAGAGGGAGACAGAUGCUGUAUGUGCGCUGGAGGCAACCGCAAGAAACACACGUGUAAGGAGGAUGGUUGACGUUGGAGUUUUACUAUCUGUGCAUCUUACAGACGGACAGCUGUAGCAUCACUGCUAUAACUGCACAGAGAAACACAUAAAGCUGCUCCUGGGAUUCUCUCCAAAGUGUUUUUUAUUUAAUGAAGAACUUUUAGGUUAUUCGAAGGGCGCAUCUGACGGCUGAUGCGUAAAGAUCCGUGCGUAAAACUAAAAAUAGUCACCACUGUUCUGUCGAACAAAGCCAGGCAGGAUUUUUUUUUUUACUGGAAACCUGAGUCAGGACCCGUAUUACCGAGAGACUGAUUGACAAGAGGAGGAUUUGAUGGAGGUCUUUCAGUGACAGCGACACUUCUCCCGGACUUUCAGCUUGGAUUGGCACCGGAGCGCCUUUAAAUCUCCGGGACUCUUUUUUUUUAUUGUAGCGCGGAGAGUGGAUCCUUUACCUGCGUGGGAACCUGCCAGUUUUGGAUCCCUUAAUUGGCAUGGCUAUCACCUUCUAUGUGUAACCAGAGGGAGAUAAAACAGAGCUGAAAUCCCCAUCAGAAGGAACUUUAUUUUCGAGAGCUUCCAGCACCGACUCAGCGGAGUAUUCAUGAAGCAAUAUUUGAACUAUUACAAGAUGAGGCUGAGAACAUCGAGGUUGGGUUAUCUGUUAAUUCAGUUCACGGCGCUUUGCUUUUACGCACAGAACACUGAGCAGUCUCCUCCUAAUUUCAAGCACCAUGUCACGGAGCAGAGCCGGCUGUCGGACCGUAUGAGCCGCAGGUUGACACGAACCUACCAGCUGUACAGCCGCACCAGCGGGAAACACGUCCAGGUGCUGGCCAACAAGAGGGUCAACGCCAACGGAGACGAUGGAGCAGUGCACGCUAAACUGGAGGUGGAGACGGACUCUUUUGGAAGCCGUAUUCGUAUUAAAGGGGUGAAGACGGGAUACUACAUAUGUAUGAACAAGAGGGGAAAGCUGAUCGGCAAGAGGAAAGGACGAGGCAAAGACUGCAUCUUCACUGAGAUUGUUCUGGAAAACAACUACACGGCACUCCAGAACGCCAAGUACGAGGGCUGGUACAUGGCUUUCACACGCAAGGGCCGUCCAAGGAAGGCCUCCAAGACCAAGCAGCACCAGAGGGAGGCCCACUUCAUGAAGCGGCUACCCAGGGGGCACUUGCUGAGCGAGAGGAGGCCGUUUGAUGUCCUUCCUCUCGCCGUCCCUGCCCAUCCUUUAGGAAAACGGACUAAACAUUCCCAUCACCAGCGCUCAGGGGGCCGCUGAGGACUGCAACCACAGAGGAAGAACUGUGGACAAACUAGCACACAAGAACCACUACAAGAGAAAUUAACUGUAACAGUCAAGUGCCCAUACACGUUUUGCCUCAUUUUGUGUACUCUGUGUAAUUCUUUCUACUGGUUUGUAUGUAAACAUUGACUAUCUAAUCUGUUAGUUCAUUCAGAUUUAGGAGAGAUUUUCUUAUGAAAUCAACGAGGAUUAAUGUACACAAAAGCUCGACUAUGUUUUCAUUUAUAGAAAAGAAUACUGUGGGUAGACGUUGCUGCCAGCUCAGCAACAAAGAAUCUUUAACGAGUCUUUAAUGGGGUACAAUGAAGAGAGACACGGCAGCUAUCAGUGGAACUUGUGGUUACAGCAUCUGAGUCUCAGUUGACAUGCUUUUAUGCCUUUAGGAGGCCAUUUUAACCUGUUUUUUUUUUUUUUUACAUAUAUGAAUAUAUUUUUACUGUAAAAAUGUAAAUGGUGUCAAAUGAUGGAAAUAUUUAUUGUAGAGUGUAUAUUAAAACCACUAAAGAAUCCGUACUCAAGCUGCCUGGCUU